CAGCCUUUGUUUUUUAUCCCACCGAAGCAUUUUCCCACCAGUGUCUCACUGAUUGUCGGUGUUCAGCCAAUCAGCUUCCUCUUUUCCCAGGUAUUCUUCCACCUGUGUCUGAGUUUAAUUAUUCGUCUUACUAAUUGGCUCCCUCUGUGCCCACGCCCACCUGUCUUAUUUGCUAUUUGUUUUGGUGUUGAUAUUACUUUAUCCACCACCCAAUCAUUUCUGUCGACGUCGGUCCGGCGGCGCCCCUCGCGGAAACAUCACGCCACCCGAAAAAGCGUCCGGUCCAGCCAGCCAGUGGCCGAUCUGCGCCAAAGAGGGACGUCCGUCAGCUCCAGACGCCCGAUCGCUUCCAGAUGCGAACGCGACGUAACGACACGAGACCACGGCCGACCAGAAGAUGGACGACGCGUCGCGAUGGCCUCCGACGUGCUCCUGCUGGUUUUGCUCGUCUUCAGCCUGGCGGCCGCUCGACACCCUCGCUCAGCUUUGUACCCAGCGACGUUGCAUCCAAAGUGGCAAACACCAUGGCUGCUGGCUCAUUCCUUCCAGACAUCUGUGGAGGACGUGGAGCUUCUGUUUGAGAUCCUGUUGUCCGGUAUGGAGAUCCUAGGAAAAGAUCCGCCCGUCAUCCCUGACGCAGAGCUGGCGUCCCUGCGGGGCGCUCGCUCACUGGAGCUCAUCUGCGACGGCGUCCUCCCUAAGAGCCUCCCGGAGGUCCUGCGUCUGGCCGCCGGGCUGGAUGAACGCCGCCGCCCCAUGAGCGCGCCCGACUUUGAGAGGACCGUGUUGACGCUGGUGUACGCCGCCCAGACGGCGGCGAGGGCGGACGGGACAGAGAGGCGCCAAGCCUGGGCCGGGUCUCUCGUCCGGCUCUUUCGGGCCAUCCGGAAGGACCUCGCGCUUUAGGCGGCAGGUUUUCGUGUCAAAUUUGUGCAUCAGUCACUACAGUGGACACCGAUUUAAAAGCUGUUUUCGUCUUUUUGCACAUGACGUGAUGUCAAAGUUGUACAUCAAUCGCUGUUUUUGUAUGAAAAAUUGUGCAUUAGUCACACGAGUGGAGAGUUAUUGAAAAGGUGCUUUCUCCUACAGUUAAUGCAUGAGUUGAUGCCAUCAGUCACUACAGUGGUGAACUGUUCAAAUAUGUAUCUUCUAUAAAUUAGACGUCAACGUUUAGUCUUAGUCACUUCAGUUGACGACAAUUCAAAAGCUGUUUUCUAUUGAUGCCAAAUUAUGCGUCAGUCAUUACAGUGGACAGCUAUUUAAAAGCGGUUUUCUUCAAAAUGUGCGAGUUGGUUACAAUCAGUUACUACAGUCGACAAGCAGUUUUGUUUCAAAUGCAUGAGUUGCUGUCAAAAGUGGUGCAUCAGUCACUACUGUGGGCAGCUAUUCCAAAACUUUUGUAUAUGUGGGGUAAUGUCAAACUUGUGCAUCGUUCGCUGCAGUGGACAGUCCUGCCUCUCCCUGUAUACUAUAAGGCAGUGAAGACACUCGUGUCCACUGUAGUGACUGAGACACCAUUUGGAAUACAUACAACUUUUAUUUUUUUUAAUAGCUACCCACUGUUAGUGCUGAUGCAUGUAAGCAUAUUGUAAUAUGUCAUGUUAUAUAGUUUAGUGUUUCCUAUUGCUCACAUCUUUCUUUUCAUUGUUUUAUUGCUGACUGCAGCAAUUUGUGGCAGUGCGCCGACUCGGCAAAGACUGAUUAGGUCGGAAAUGAAAAGCGAAGACUGGAAUUUCCUCCCUUUGCGUGAGGAGGAUUAUUAUUAUUAUUUGAGUGAUAGUGAUGGAGCAUCAAUGAUAACAGAAGGACACUUCAUCUUGACUGGAAGGGAAUUUAUAAAUCUUUCAGCUUCUGUUUUUUAUACAUAUUUACAGUGUUUCUAGCAUAAAUGCUGUACUUGUGGGAUGAGUUAUUAAAUAUUAAAAUCAUCAAUCUAUGCA